CGUCCCCUGGAUGGGACUUGGGUGCCCGGCGGCUGCUUUGUCCGCGGCUUCGUUCGCAACGAACGUGCCCGGCACCUGCCUCGCCAGCACCACGGACAGCUCUCUGGCUAGAAACUCCGGUGCCUGCAGUCCUUGCGAGCUUCCCUCCUGCAGCCGCUCCAAUCUGCUACGACCAGUCAGUCCCUUGGGAGAAACCAACCCAGGAUCAUGGAAGGAGAAUUCUGGAACCAAAGCGAUUUUAACGGCACCCAGCUGGCCUGCGGCGGCCCCAACAGCACCCAGGGGGCAAGAGGGGGCAAUCUGUGUCCUAGCGCUGGGGUCACUCCUUCCAUGAUCACAGCCGUCAUCAUCAUGGCUCUCUACUCCAUAGUGUGCGUGGUGGGACUCUUUGGCAACUUCUUGGUCAUGUAUGUCAUCAUCAGAUAUACCAAAAUGAAGACUGCAACCAACAUCUAUAUCUUCAACCUUGCCCUGGCAGAUGCCUUAGCAACAAGUACACUGCCAUUCCAAAGUGUGAAUUAUCUAUUGGGAACAUGGCCAUUUGGUACAACCAUUUGUAAGACUGUUAUCUCCAUAGACUACUACAAUAUGUUCACAAGCAUUUUCACUCUUUGCACUAUGAGUGUGGAUCGUUAUAUAGCAGUUUGUCACCCAGUCAAGGCUCUUGAUUUCCGCACUCCCAGAAAUGCCAAAAUUGUCAAUGUCUGCAACUGGAUUGUCUCUUCAGCUAUUGGUAUCCCAGUUAUGAUCAUGGCAACCACAAAAGAAAAUAAUGGAUCUAUUGAUUGCACCCUUGCAUUCUCUCACCCAACGUGGUACUGGGAUAAUCUGCUGAAAAUCUGUGUUUUCAUUUUUGCCUUUGUCAUGCCAGUCCUCAUCAUCACAGUAUGCUAUGGACUCAUGAUUUUACGCCUGAAGAGUGUCCGAAUGCUUUCUGGCUCCAAGGAGAAAGACAGAAAUCUCCGAAGGAUCACCAGAAUGGUCCUUGUGGUAGUAGCUGUUUUUAUAGUGUGCUGGACUCCCAUUCAUAUCUAUGUUAUCAUUAAUGCCUUGGUCCGUAUUCCAGAAACAACUUUCCAAACUGUAUCCUGGCACUUCUGCAUUGCAUUAGGGUACACAAAUAGCUGCCUUAAUCCCGUGCUUUAUGCAUUUCUAGAUGAAAACUUCAAAAGGUGUUUCAGAGAAUUCUGCAUCCCAACUACUUCAACAAUUGAACAACAAAACUCCACCCGCAUUCGACAAAACACUCAUGAACGUGCCUCCACUGCCAACACAGUGGAUAGGACUAACCAUCAGUUGGAACUUCUGGAAGCUGAAAACCACACUACUGCCGUGAUAGGGCCUCCUGCCAUGUAGCAGCCACAAGCCAGUGCCACUGAGUGGCCACACUGUUUGCAGUGGGAAUGUUUAGGAAACUGAUUUUCCUCUCCCUUUCCCAACCAAAGGCAAGUGCCUGCUUUUAAGAUCCAUCAGAAUGAUUUGCCUAAAUGGCAAAUUUCCAUGAUUCACCUCAAAAGCAAGUAACACACAAUAUGGUCAUGGAAAUGUUACACUCAUACUCUAGUAAAUUAAAAGAUAGCCACAAGAUAUGUACAGUUACUGGGACUGCCCUAUACAAUAUCCAGCUUACAGAACAAAAUUUCAUAAAAAGCAAAUAUUCAAGAUACAGGAAAAUGCUACCCUGACAGCAGUUACCACUUAAUGAAAAAGAGCAGUAGUAUAUCCAGUGCAAAAGGGUUUCAGUAAUCCUUUUUAUGUAAAGUUAUUUUGUUAAGCAGGAUUAUUUUCCAUAAAAAUAUUGCCAGCACAUCUUUCUCAGAAG